GGUGUCCGGGGAGGGGAGCGACGUAUUUCCGGCGAGGAGCUGGCGGCGGCCGCGGUGGGGAGUGGGUGUCGCGGCGGCCUGGGGACGGCCGGGGGCGAGUGAAAUCCUCAGCGAUGUCUUUCAUUUUCGAGUGGAUCUACAACGGUUUCAGCAGCGUGCUGCAGUUCCUCGGUUUGUACAAGAAGUCUGGAAAACUUGUGUUCCUGGGCUUGGAUAACGCCGGCAAAACCACUCUGUUGCACAUGCUCAAAGACGACAGGCUGGGUCAGCAUGUCCCGACGCUACAUCCCACAUCAGAGGAGCUGACGAUUGCUGGAAUGACCUUUACAACUUUUGAUCUGGGUGGACAUGAACAAGCUCGCCGGGUCUGGAAGAACUACCUGCCAGCCAUCAACGGCAUUGUUUUCCUGGUGGACUGCGCAGAUCACUCACGGCUUAUGGAAUCCAAAGUUGAGCUUAAUGCCCUAAUGACGGACGAAACAAUAUCCAAUGUGCCAAUCCUUAUCUUGGGUAACAAAAUCGACAGACCAGAGGCCAUCAGUGAGGAGAGACUGCGGGAGAUCUUUGGGCUCUACGGACAGACCACGGGAAAGGGAAACGUGCCGCUGAAGGACCUGAACGCCCGGCCCAUGGAGGUGUUCAUGUGCAGCGUGCUGAAGAGGCAAGGCUACGGCGAGGGCUUCCGCUGGCUGUCGCAGUACAUUGACUGACACUCGCGUGGACGCCAAGGCUUUUACUCCUCUGGACUUGAUCCCGUUCCCGGCUCCCGACGGGACUUUUUCUCUUGGGACGCAGGGAAGGGUUUUUUUUUCCCCGCCCACCGCGUCCUGGCCUUUUGACCAAGAGACUCCAGGUUUGCGGCCACCCCCGCGGCACAGUGGUGACACAACUCUCUUCCGCCUGUCGUCCCUUUCCCGUAUGGUGACGGCAGGGGCUUGGUGUGACCUGGGUGGGGAGGGGGUGACACUCUGCACGCCGCGCUGUAAACAGCCGAAAAAGAGAGCACGUCUCACCACUGUGGUUAAUUGACUUUAAAAAAAAAAAAAGAAGACAAAGAAGAAAAACCAAUUAUAUUUUUUAAAGAAAGCGUUAACGUAAGCAGCGUCCCUUCUAACUUUUUAGUUUAACGUUCACCUUGUUUAGUCCAGAGUCUGGUUAGGGGUUUUUUUUUUGGUUUGGUUUUUUUUUGUUGUUGGUUUUUUUUUUUUUAAAUAUAUAUUUAACGAUAUUUAGGUAAUUUCACCAGUUGCUGAACCCAGGUAUCACGGUAUGAGCAGUCCUCAAUAAACAGUAGCGUUUGGGCUUGA